UUAUAUUUUUCUAUUAUCUGUUAAAAUAUUUUACCAUGGAGUCGUGGAAUGGAAAGCAAAAAUUAUUCUUUGAUUAAAUUGGAUUUAUCUUGAAUUUAAUAAAUUGUUAAGAAAGGUUUUUUAAAUGUUAUAAUUGGGUGUCAUAUACAAUUUAUUAAAAUAGUACUUACAAGAGAAAAUAAGAAGAAAUAUCGGAUUUAAACGUAAAUGGCUCGUACUAGUAAACUUAAGUCUAUAACCUGUUAUCACAGGCACUGUUCCGGGCGUCUCACCAAAUCAAUGUUGUAAUUUUUAUCGUUAAUCAUAAUUAAGGUUAUUUGGGCUUCGUAGUCAUGUAUUUUUGAGGUUAAGACCUAAAAAGUAUACGAAUUCACGAUAGUUCUCGUAGAAAUCCCUCCAAUUUAUGUCGGCUGCGAAUUCUCAAUGAUGAAUUUUAAUCAAGGGCUUACGAAAAUGAAAGAAAUUGAAGAUAACAAGUCAAAAUCGACUCCUGUUGCAAUGGUAGCACCUGAACUUAAACAGAACGCUGAAGCCGAUACUGAAAUAACGAAAAAUUGCGCAGUCUUAGGAUGUGAGGAAUCAAAAUCCUUAAACUCUGAUUCAUUCUUUAGAUUUCCAGAGGAUGCAAACUUGAGACAAAUCUGGACGGACCUGACAGGCAGAAACAAUUGGACACCCACAGACUACUCAUAUAUUUGUGUGCAGCAUUUCUCCGUUGAUUGUUUUGAAUGUGAUGCCGAAAAUAGGGUUGUUCUCAUAAACAAAGCUGUACCUUCGUUGAAAUUACCAAAUCAUGUUUUAGAGGUGGAGUACAUUGAUGAAGAAACAUUAGACAAUGAUGAUGACGAUGAGGAUUAUGAAAUGGAUUCAGAUGAUGAACAUUAUAACAAAUCAAAUAAAAAUCCACGAGACAAUCAUGUAACUAACUCAAAUGAUAAAAACUUUUCCGAAGAUGAAAAUAUUGAGUUAUUAAAACUAUUCACAGAGGUCCAAAGAAUGCAACGACAAGCAAUCGGUCUUAGAGAUAAAUUAAAAACUAAUAUGAGAAUAUACAAUAGACAGAACAGAUUUUUAGGUCGAUUGAAAAAAGUUAUUGAGACAAAGAAGAAUCUAUUGAACCAGAAGAGAAAGAAAAAGUCGAGAAUUCUGCUUUCUUUGCAAGAUAAAAUUAAAGAAGACACAAAUGGAUUGGUAUUGGCAAUGCCCACCAGACAUACGGAUGAUUUAAAGAAUUUUGCCCUUAGUAUUUAUAAGUAUUCGCCUCAAGCUUACAUUUAUGUUAGAAAUACACUACGGACAUUACUACCUAGUACAGAUGUGCUCGAGUCUUGGGUGAACUCGGGCUUUGAACCGAAGAAUGUAAUAUCUGGUACCACAAUGUUAAAAGUGGUAUCGGAGCAGACUGAAUCAGAACUAUCGUGUAAGGUGUCAUUACAUUAAGAUUUAUUUUAGAUUUUAGAUUCAAUCUAUUUCCUCAACA